GAAACUUUACUAUAUAAGGAUUUGGCAUUUUGGGCACUUGAUUUUAAGAGGAAAAUUACAAGACCAAAGAUAUGGCCAACAAUAACCAACAUUUUGGCCCAUCCUCUACAUUCAUCAGUCUAUUUUUAAUGUUACUCCUUCACAUUCAUUAUGUAAGAAGUGAUCUCAAAUUAUAUUACUACUCAGAGAGUUGUCCAAGAGCUGAAGAAAUCAUCAAAGAACAAGUAACCAUGUUGUACCAUAAGCAUGGGAAUACUGCAGUUUCUUGGAUCAGAAAUCUCUUCCAUGAUUGCAUGGUUAAGUCAUGUGAUGCAUCAAUACUGUUGGACACAACAAAGGAACAGAAGUCGGAGAAGACAUCUCAGAGGAACUUUGGGAUGAGAAAUUUCAAGUAUAUAGAGACUAUCAAACAGGCCCUUGAGAAUGAAUGUCCCAAUACUGUUUCUUGUGCUGAUAUUGUUGUUCUUUCUGCCAGGGAUGGUAUUGUUAUGUUAGGAGGACCACAUAUUGAAAUGAAAACAGGAAGGAUGGACAGCAAGGACAGUUACUUAGCAGAAGUUGAGAAUUUCAUUCCAAACCACAAUGAUUCCAUGUCAUUAGUUCUUUCUCGUUUCAAUUCUGUUGGUGUUGAUACACAAGGAACUGUUGCUCUACUUGGGGCACAUACAGUAGGAAGAGUUCAUUGUGUAAACAUAGUACACAGACUAUACCCAACAGUUGACCCAACUUUAGACCCGAAGUUUGCAAAUUACCUCAAAACCCGAUGCCCAUCUCCACAACCCGACCCGAAAGCAAUUGAAUAUGCCAGAUUUGACCAUGUAACUCCCAUGGUAUGGGACAAUUUGUACUACAAAAACAUUAUGAGCAACAAAGGACUAUUAAUUGUGGAUCGACAAUUAGUUUCUGAUCAAUCAACUUAUCCAUUUGUGGAGAAAUUUGCUGCUAAUAAUUCCUAUUUUAAUGAUCAGUUUGCUAAAGCUUUGAUUAUUUUGUCUGAAAAUAAUCCACUUACUGGUGAUCAAGGGGAGAUUAGAAAGGUCUGUCGGGACGUCAACAAGUGAUAAAUGUAAAUCCAUGUCAAAUAUAUAGUUGACUUGCGUGCUCUAGCAAAUACACAUCCUGUUUUAAUUACUAUUAACUCCUUUUACAUUACUAUGUUCUCAUACA